AUGAGCGGGGGGCCGGGCGUGGGGGGGCGGCGGGGGGGCCGCCGGGCGCGGGCGGUGCUGGCGGCGGGGCUGACGCUGGCGGCGCUGCUCCUCUCGGCCACGGCCUUCGGCACGACGCACUGGUGCGAGGGGACUCAGCGGGUGCCCAAGCCCUCCUGCGGCCCGCUGCGCCGCACCAACUGCCUCCUCGACGGCGAGCCCGGCCCCGCCGCCAACCACACCGGCCGCCGCCCGCCCCCCGUGCGCUACAGCUGGGAGACCGGCGACGACCGCUUCCUCUUCCGCGCCUUCCACGCCGGCAUCUGGUACUCGUGCGAGGAGAACCUCCACGCCCCCGGUGAAAAAUGUCGCAGUUUCAUUGACCUGGCUCCAGCUUCCGAGCGAGGGGUGCUGUGGCUGUCGGUGGCUUCCGAAGUGCUCUACAUUGUUCUGCUGGUUGUCGGCUUCAGCCUCAUGUGCCUCGAACUGGCGCGCUCCAACAACUUGAUCGAUGGGCUGAAGCUCAACGCUUUUGCUGCUGUCUUCACGGUGUUGUCAGGGCUGCUGGGGAUGGUGGCACACAUGAUGUACACGCAAGUGUUCCAAGUGACUGUCAGCCUGGGCCCGGAGGACUGGCGGCCACACUCCUGGGACUACGGCUGGUCCUUCUGCCUGGCCUGGGGCUCGUUCACGUGCUGCAUGGCCGCCUCGGUCACCACCUUGAACUCCUACACCAAGACCGUCAUCGAGUUCCGGCACAAGCACAAGGCCUUUGAGCAGGGCUUCCCGGAGGAGGACCCCCCCUGCGCGGCGGAUCCGGAGCCCCUCAAGUGCUUCCACGAGAGGCUGGAGGAGGAGAGGGAGGAGGCGGGGGCCAUGAGGUUAGAGUGCCGGCCGGGGGGCUACUCCUCCAAGAGGCUGCUCAACACCCAGCUGUGAGGCCCUCCCCCC